AUGGAUUCCAGUCUCCUCCAGGCAAUUGAGGAAAUUGAGAAUUUUUUCCAGCGUCUCUCUGAGCGACAUACAGAGCAGGCAAAAACCCCAGAUGCACCAGAACCAAAGAAUUGUAUGCCUCUGACUGCCCAUGCUGAGGAGAGCCAACAUGAGUCAAUCCAGAGCAAGACGAUGCCUCCCUUGGGGCCCACAAUGAUGACUUCUGCAUGCACUAACAUCCCUGGGACAGUUCUCGCCCAGGACCUAACAAUGCACCCUCUUAAAGCCCUUGAAGACCUAAGUGAGACUUAUUCCAUGGGCCAGAAAGUGACUUCCUUUGAUCAGAUAAAACACACAGCAGGCUCCCAGAUGACAGAUGUUACUGACAUCCCAAAGUCAUCACCCACUGAUUGCCAGAAGACAGCCAUCACUGCAAGCAACACGACAAUCUCCAAUGAAAGUAGCCAGCUGAACACCCCAAGUAGUGACCAGACCCUCAAUGAGAGUCAGAUACCAGCCCUGCAUGGAGAUCAGAUGAAGACCCUCAGUGAUAACCAGACUCUCUGUGGGGACCAGGUGCCCUUCAGUAGUGACCAGACCCUCACUGAUGGUCAUACAGUGAUUUCCAGUAGCGAUGAGAUCCUCUCUGGGGGCCAGAUGACAAGUCUAAACCUCUAUGGAGGGCAAAUGAUGACUUCCAUUGAUAACCAGACCCUCUGUGGGGAGCAGAUGACAACCUCCAGUGGUAACCAGGCCCUCUACAGGGAGCAGAUGACGACAUCCACUGGUAACCAGACCCUCUGUGGGGAGCAGGUGAUGACAUCUACUGGUAAUCACAUGCUCUACAGGGAGCAGGUGACGACCUCCACUGGUAACCAGACCCUCUACGGGGGGCAGAUGACGACCUCCACUAGUAACCAGACCCUCUACGGGGAGCAGAUGACGACCUCCAUUGAUAACCAGACCCUCUACGGGGGGCAGAUGACAACCUCCAGUGAUAACCAGACCCUCUACGGGGGCCAGAUGACGACCUCCACUGGUAACCAGACCCUCAUGACAACCUCCAGUGAUAACCAGACCCUCUACGGGGGGCAGAUGACAACCUCCAGUGAUAACCAGACCCUCUACGGGGGCAGAUGACACCUCCACUGUAACCAGACCCUCUACGGGGGCAGUGACGACCUCCAUGAUAACCAGACCCUCUACGGGGGGCAGAUGACGACCUCCAGUGAUAACCAGACCCUCUACGGGGGGCAGAUGACGACCUCCAGUGAUAACCAGACCCUCUACGGGGGGCAGAUGACAACCUCCGGUGAUAACCAGACCCUCUACGGGGGCCAGAUGACGACCUCCACUAGUAACCAGACCCUCUACGGGGAGCAGAUGAUGACCUCCAGUGAUAACCAGACCCUCUACGGGGGCCAGAUGACGACCUCCACUAGUAACCAGACCCUCUACGGGGAGCAGAUGAUGACCUCCAGUGAUAACCAGACCCUCUACGGGGGGCAGAUGACAACCUCCAGUGAUAACCAGACCCUCUACGGGGAGCAGAUGAUGACCUCCACUAGUAACCAGACCCUCUACGGGGGGCAGAAUAUGAUGACCUCCACUAGUAACCAGACCCUCUACGGGGGGCAGAUGACGACCUCCAGUGAUAACCAGACCCUCUACGGGGGGCAGAUGAUGACCUCCACUAGUAACCAGACCCUCUGGGGGCAGAAUAUGAUGACCUCCACUAGUAACCAGACCCUCUACGGGGGGCAGAUGAUGACCUCCACUAGUAACCAGACCCUCUACAGGGGGCAGAUGAUGACCUCCACUGGUAACCAGACCCUCUAUGGGGGGCAGAAUAUGAUGACCUCCACUAGUAACCAGAACCUUUACGGGGGGCAGAAUAUGAACUCCAUUGAUAACCAGGCCCUUUAUGGAGGCCAGAUGGCAACAUAUAGUGGCAACUCGACCCUCUCUGGGGACCAGAUGCUGACUCUUCAGGUGGGCAAUAUGACAACGCUCACUGAUGACCACAGCCUUUAUGGGGGAUAUAUGAUGUCCCAUCCGUUCUCAUCAUUGCCAUACCCAGGAUUCCUAUGCUCUUCAAGUUCCCAUUUGAUUCAAGGACAACUCCCAGAAAAGCAGAAGACGCAGAGCUGCCAGUUCUGGAAGAAUCCUGAGGUUUCAAGGCCCUAUGUCUGCACUUACGAGGACUGCAAGAUGUCUUAUUCAAAGGCUUGCCACCUCCGAACCCACAUGCGCAAGCACACUGGGGAGAAGCCCUAUGUAUGCGAUGUAGAGGGAUGUACGUGGAAAUUUGCCCGCUCAGAUGAGCUCAACAGACACAAGAAAAGGCACACUGGGGAAAGGCCCUACCUGUGUUCAAUAUGCAGCAAGAAUUUUGCAAGAUCUGAUCACCUAAAGCAGCAUGCAAAGAUCCACAACAUUCGCCCAGGAUUAUGA